AUGAAUCCAGGAGAGAUUGAAUACUUCAAGCAGCAUGAUAUUCAGAUAAUCAGCUCCAUAGGUGAAGGCGGCUAUGGCUCUGUCUAUUAUGUCUACUCUUCAACCUAUAAAACCUAUUUUGCUUUGAAGAAAAUUCCCCAAAAGAACUUUAAACAAGCUGAAAUAGACUGCCUGAUGACAUUAGAUGAUCCAAAUAUAGUUCGCCUUUAUAAAUAUUAUAAAUAUGAGGAUAACUUUUACCUUUUAAUGGAGUAUUGUCCGAGUGACCUUAAUAAGCUUUUAGCAAAUAAGCAAAAGAUGUCUAAUCCUGCAGUAGUUCAGAAGAUAAUCAGUGAUGUGAUAAAAGCAGUUAAGGCUUGCCACCUUAUUCAGAUAGCUCAUGGCGAUAUCAAGUCAUCCAAUUUCUUGAUUGAUUCCUAUGGAAGAAUUAAGAUAUGCGACUUUGGAAUGUCCACAAUGUACACUCAAUCUAAUUGUUCCACGUCUUUAUUCAAGGGAACAUUACAUUUUAUGGCCCCUGAGGUGUUUAGUAUCGGCCAUUAUGAUCCAAUUCGUGCAGAUAUUUGGUCUCUUGGUGUUACUCUCUAUGUAAUCGCUACUGGAUAUUAUCCAUUUAAUGGACUUGAUCAGCACGCUUUGCAGGAUAAUAUUACAAAGGGAUUAUAUAAUCAAGAUGCUGUACAUGAUCCCUUUCUCAAAGAUCUCAUUGCUGGUUGCCUUGAAACAGAUUUGACUUACCGUUCAACAAUCAGCGAAUUAUCCACCCAUCCUUACUUCUCUAAGACAUUUGUAAAUAGAGGAGAGAGAAUUCCGCUCAAGAAAGGAGAAAUUGUACGACCAAAUGCUUCAUCAUCCCUCAGGAUUUCAAAACAUAGAUCUACACCACUAUUUUCCGGUCUUUCUGCUUCUAGAGUUCAUUUGAUUCAAGUUGAGUCACAUCAAUAA